CCAGUACCAAGUUCAGGCGCAUCUUUGUGUGGCUGAAAGCCGUAUAGCUACGGAAAGCAUGGAGCCCCUCAGAGUAGUGCAUGCACAUGGUAUAUACACGUACCUCCCAAUGUAACGACACGUGAAAUUGGAUGAUACACCAGCAUAUCGCUUAUCAGUUCGCAAUGAAUGAACGCUUAGUCUUGUAUUCACAUUUUGAACAAUAUACUGAAAGCCAAGUUAUUCCAUCCUCUAUUUCCGAUUCUGUACCUUGGCAAAAGAAGCAGGCAUUCUCUGACACCAUUGGCUUACUCCCAUAAUGUGUCGUUUCAUGAUAUACAAGGGAACUGAUCCCAUCCUUUUGGAAAACCUCUUGACUAAACCAGCACACUCCAUCAUCAACCAGUCGUUUGAUUCGCGCCUCAGACUAGACUUGCGCAACCCCAUCAACGGUGACGGGUUCGGCGUGGGCUACUACCAGUACGCUAGCGAUUCUUCUAACAGCGAGGACACAGCACCAGAGCCCCAAGGAAACUCUCCCGCUGCCGAUGAUGCCGGCGAUUUCGAAUCUCGCUUAUCGGUGGAAGAAAACUUGAAGAAAUUAUCCCCUUGUAUCUUUAGGGCGAUAACCCCUGCAUGGAACAACAUUAACUUAAACCGUUUGGCAGCCUCCACCCGGUCUAAGCUCGUGUUUGCUCACGUUCGCGCCUCUACCUACGGUGUGCUCAGUGAAACCAAUUGCCAUCCAUUCAACUACGGGAACUUGAUGUUUAUGCACAACGGUGGGAUCUCGCAGUUUUCCAAGAUCAAGAAGAAGUUGAUUUCGCACUUGAACGACGAGUGGUUUUUGUAUAUCCAGGGAUCCACCGACAGCGAAUGCUGCUUUGCGCUCUUCCUUGACUGUCUCGACAAGUUGGGCUACGACCCAAGACCAAACAACUUUGAGUGCGAGUUGUAUCAGGGAAAUUUUCCCCAGACCAUUCCGCCGGUGACCCAUUUCCCGGACCACAUUUUGCGCAAAGCGCUUUUACAGACGAUCCUGUUGAUCAAGAACUGGCAGGUAGCCGUGACGGAUGAGCCUUCCCUUUUGAAUUUCGCCGUCACUGACGGUGAAUCUAUCGUUAUUUCUCGCUAUAUCACCUCUUUGACGGACGAAGCCGCCUCCUUGCAUUUUUCUACCGGCUCCUCUUUCAAGGCCUCGCCUGAUGCCAACGAUUGCAACCCACCAUAUGAGUUCAAGAUGGAGCGCUUGAAUCGCUCCCAAGACACCAUCAUGAUUGCGUCCGAACCGUUGACGUUCCAGAGAGAGGACUGGAUCACGGUGCCAACCAACACCACUCUCACCGUGAGAAGGCAGACGGUGUUGUUGCAUCCCAUUGAGGAUCAGUUCUAUGACCCGGAUGCGGAUAGAAGCAGCGGCUUGGCUAGCAGCAAGGGCUUGAUGGGGAAUUUUCCAAUCGGUGAAUUAUCCACUAACCUGGCUAGUACCCAAGCAGGGGCAGCCAAUGGCACCAUAGCUAGCGGUUCUGUUAACGGCCAUAUAACCUCUGUGACGGGUGUUGCUGGGGAUGACUCCGACAGACUCGCAGCUUCAAUCCCCAGCUUUGAGUUGAUCAAAGGCGGUGGAAUGGCCCCUCCACCAUUGGAGCGUGAAGGUAGGUCUCGGAUGAAUAGUCAGAACCAUACUGUGUAUGGCAAUCUUAAUAAAACCCACGGACCCGGCGAACCCCUGAGAAAAUCGCCUCCAUGUCUGACUGGUAGCAUGUGUUGUUAAGGUAGAACGUCCAUGCUUUGGCUGAUCUUCCCAGAAAUGAUGACGAUGCAUAAUAAGCUUUCUAGGGCACAGUAUCGGCCUGAUAUCCUUCCUAGUGCUCAAAUUUCCUAAAAAGGGGGACAGACUUGCAAAUUAU